GUUUUUACAACCAUUGACAUGUCGUUAAUAAUUUUUGGCAACAAUAAAUCGGCGAAUUUAUUAUAAUGAUUUACGUUUGAUUGUAUAUAUAGAUACUGUUGAAGAUGAGCGAUUAUUUUGAAGACUUUGCCUUGCCACUGUAUCAACAUAGAAUGUCUUUGUUGGCUAUAUUGCAAGGCCAGUCACUGAUCUGAAUUGUUGGCCCUGCAACUACUGAAAAGCCUGCUGUCCCCUUGCAGGAGCCUUUCUGGAGUGAUGGACUGCAUAUGUAACUGAAUACACUGUGUUCCAGAUGAUUGUGACACUCUUGAAUUUGGUUGUAACGAUGACAAUAUGAAGCCUGAGGACACAUUUUUUGAUGAUGUGAUUGGGCAUAUUGAAGAUGUGUUAGUGGACCAAGAAUUUCAAGACAUGCAGAAAUCAUUCAUGGAGAAAUAUUGGCAGGAAUUUCAUGAGGGAGAGGAAAACAAAUUAUGUUACAUGGAUAUUUUUAAAGAAUAUGGAGACUUGAUUGAAAAUCAUAUUGAGAACUAUUUGGCAAACAGGAUACCACAUUUUUCCAUGCAAAAUUUUAUUGAAGAGUUGCAUUCUUUUGAAAUAACUUGCAGGAGACGAAAGUGCAACCUGGAUGGGGAAGUGUUUGAAGUAUUGUAUACCUUUACAGAUUUCAGUGCAUUUAAGGAAAUGUUCUUAGAUUAUAAGGCAGUUAAAGAAGGAACUGUGGAAAAUUUGUUAGUGACUGCAUAUGACUUGCCUUCUGCAUGAAACUGAAUAUAUUCGCACUACGUAAAUUUUUCUUUCGAAUCAUGAAUUUUGUUCCAAACAUAAUACUUUUUGAGAAAUAUUUUGUCAGGUUGUAUGUACCAGUGCACUAUAGACAAAUAAAAUUCUUAUUGAAACCUGUGUAAAAUACAGAUGUGAAAA